AACCUCAAUACAGUAGCAUUUUUAUCUCGGAAAAUAAACAUAUUUAAAACAGCCGUUAAAAAAUCUGCUGAUUUAGUCAAAAAAUUAUACUGACGCCUAAAACCGGUAGCACCGUUUUUACUAAAUGCAUACAAAUUCAUUAUCGCGUCUUUGUAGUGUUAAAAAUAUUAAUAAAACAACAAAUAUAAUAAAAAAUUAUACCUCUGGAACUAUGGGUGUUCCUCUUAACAAUAUUGUGAAAAAAUUAACGGCAAUUGCGCCGUUGAAUUUGGCCGGGACAUGGGACAAUGUGGGAAUGCUAGUUGAGCCUACAAGCAAUAAAAAUAUAGAUACUGCACUUUUAACAAUCGAUCUAACUGAGGACGUUGUUGAUGAAGCUAUCCGUUCCGAGGCUCAGCUCAUUAUUUCAUAUCAUCCAAAUAUUUUUCAGCCCUUGAAAAAAGUGACGCAAAGUCAUUGGAAACAACGAGUAGUAAUAAAAUGCAUUAAAAAUGAUAUAGCUGUGUUCAGUCCUCAUACUUCUUGGGACUCUAUUUCUGGGGGUGUAAAUGAUUGGUUGGGUUCUGUUUUUGAAACAAGAGAAAGUGCACCAAUCGAAAAAAAUGAAAAUGAUCCUACAAUAGGCAUGGGAAGAUUAUUAACGUUAAAAAAACCCAUGGCUUUGGAUGAAAUCAUCUUUAAAGUAAAAAUACAUGUUGGAAUUGAGCAUUUAAGGGUGGCAGUUGCUAGACAUAAGGGUUUAGAUUCUUUAAUACAUACUGUAGCACUUUGUGCUGGGUCUGGGGCCUCCAUUUUAAACGGAAUAAACGCAGAUUUAUACCUUACCGGAGAAAUGAUGCACCAUGAUGUGUUAGAUGCUGCCCAAAAAGGAACACAUGUUAUUUUAACUAAUCAUAGCGAUUCGGAGAGAGGUUUUCUUCGAACCAUUGUUGAUAAAAUAAAAAUGGACAAUUUGAAUGUUCUUUUAUCAGAAGUCGACAAAGACUGCCUUAAAACCAUGUAAUUUGUAAUUAAUAAUAAAAAUAUAUAAUAAUUUUAAUAUUUAUUUACAGCCUAACCUAUAAAGUAUUAAAUUUAGAAUCUGUGUGGCCUAAAUGGUUUAUCCACGUUAAAUAACUUGGGAUCACCCAGAUAGCAAGGUUCUUUAAGGUAUGUUGCCAUCAAACCUGCAGUUUGGGCCUUAACAAUUUCAGCUUCAACCAAUUUUUGCUGUGUCGAACAUAACCCUGUUAUAUGUUUGCCAUAUAUUCUUCCAGUGUACGGUGAUUGAAAUUGCGAUAUUAGUUUAACGUUUUUAUAGUCUGGAAUUAUGUUAUUCUUGCAGAGGAUACAGGAUUUCUUCUCUUUUUCAAAGGGAUUUUCCAUAUCAAAAUUAGGGGCAUCAUUUGAGUAUUGUAGGGUAACAACUCUAGAA